CCAGCCAAAGAGGGACAAAGAAUUGGAGACAGGUGGCAGAGUGGAGCAAAGUGGCGGCUGGGGGGUAGCCUGCCUUCUCCCAACUAGCACAUCACGGACACGUGUGCUUCUUUAAUCCUGGGGGCACCUUGGAAGGUACCCUGCUGGAGAGAAAAGUUGCCAGACGGCCAGCAUCGCCACCACGGAAGCCUCUGCCCAGACCCGGAAGUGUGCGGAUGCCGAGGUGCAGACUGAGGCCCCCGAGCCGGUGGGCGCGCCAUCCAUGCCCUGGAACGAUGGCCCCCAGCUUGCAGCCUUUCUCCGGAGAGUGGAGGUCAUGGUCACCCGGGAGCUGAAUAAGAAUUGGCAGAGUCACGCGUUUGACGGCUUCGAAGUGAACUGGGCCGAGCAGCAGCAGACGGUGACCUGCCUGCACACCCUGGGCUACCCCCCAGCCCAAGGGCAGGGUCUGCAUGUGACCAGCGUCUCCUGGAACAGCACCGGGUCCGUGGUGGCCUGUGCCUAUGGCCGACUGGACGACGGGGACUGGAGCAUGCUGAAGUCCUUUGUGUGCGCCUGGAACCUGGACCGGCGAGGCCUGAACCCCCAGCAGCCAUCAGCGGUGGUGGAGGUGCCCAGUGCUGUCAUGUGCCUGGCCUUCCACCCCACACAGCCCUCCCAUGUUGCAGGUGGGCUGUACAGUGGCGAGGUGCUGGUGUGGGACAUAAGCCGUCCUGAGGACCCACUGCUCUGGUGCACGGGCCUGACAGACGACACACACACCGACCCCGUGUACCAGGUGGUUUGGCUCCCGGAGCCCCGGCAUAGCCACCGCUUCCAGGUGCUGAGCGUGGCCACUGACGGGAAGGUGCUGCUCUGGCAGGGGGCCGGGGCCGGCCGGCUGCAGCUCAGUGCAGGCUUUGCCCUGGCCGUGCAGCAGCUCCCCAGGAACACCAAGCUAAAGAAGCCUCCCCGGGGGGAGACCGAGGUGGGCGCCACGGCGGUGGCUUUCUCCAGCUUUGACCCCAGCCUUUUUGUGCUGGGCACGGAAGGCGGCUUCCCGCUCAAGUGCUCCCUGGCAGCGGAGGAGGCCGCCCUUGCACGGACGCCCAGCUCUGUGCCCCUGCGGGCCCCGGCACUGUUCACCUUCUCUCCCCACGGCGGCCCCAUCUACUCCGUGAGCUGCUCCCCCUUCCACAGGAAUCUGUUCCUGAGCGCGGGGACAGACGGCCACGUCCACCUGUACUCCAUGCUGCAGGCGCAGCCCCUGACCUCCCUGCAGCUGUCCCACAAGUACCUGUUUGCUGUGCGCUGGUCCCCAGUGCGCCCCUUGGUGUUUGCAGCUGCUUCUGGGGAAGGUGAUGUACAGCUGUUUGAUCUCCAGAAAAGCUCCCAGAAACCCACAGUUUCAAUCAAGCAAACCCAGGAUGAAAGCCCUGUCUACUGUCUUGAGUUUAAUCGCCAGCAGACUAAGCUGCUGGCUGCCGGCGAUGCCAAGGGCGCAGUAAAGAUAUGGCAGCUGAGUACUGAGUUCACUGAACAAGGACCUCGGGAAACAGAGGACUUGGACCAGCUGGCAGCAGAGGUGGCCGCCUGAGGGUGACAGAGCAACAGCCGGGCCAUGGUGGGGAGAGCCUCUAAAUGCAGAGGCAGGUGGGGUGAGGCUGCACUGGUGCUGUGUGUUUCUGAUGGAAGCUGAAUGAAGACAAGAUGAGCUUU